UCUCCUUCAAACAGAGGAUUUCCCCCCACUUAGCCACCAUUCACUUCCUUCUUCUUCUCCCAUUGUCUUGCCCUUCUCCCUUUGGUUCUCAACUUCUUCUUCAUGAAUGCAAUUGUUAUCCUCAGCCUAUCAUUCUUGCUCUCUGAUCCCCUCUCCAUGGCCACCACCAAGCCGAAUAAAGCUUCGUCCGAUGGUGUCAUCGUCUCCAUCUCAGCUAUCUCCGAUGGGUUGGAACUUCCUGCGAGGGUCAAGGAUCACGCUAAUGAGAUCUUUAAGGAAGUGGAGAAGUAUAACAUAGGGAAGGAAAGAAAGGAACGAAACGUCCUUUUUGCUGCUUGUAUAUACAUUGCCUGUCGAUACAGUGAUAAGACUCGGUCUAUGGGGGAAAUAUCUGUUGUUGCCAAUGAAGCCCCUAUACCGGAUAUUACCAAGGCAAUUGGGUUCAUAGCUGAGAAACUGAAUAUGGACAAAAAUUGGCUGAUUAGUAUCAAAGCUGUUGACUUUAUAAAGCGGUUUUGUUCUAAACUUGGAUUGGAUAGCGAAGCUGUUAAAGCUGCUCAAGAAGCUGCGGUAGCUUAUGAUAAUAUUACUGAUAGCAGUAGGAGUCAUGUAUCAGUUGCCGCAAGAAUCGUAUAUGCCAUUGCUCGACUUUCUUAUGAGAAGAAGCUGCUCAAAGAUCUUAGCGAAGGCACUGGAAUUGCAGAAACAACGAUAAAAGGAACAUACAAGGACUUGAAUCUGUCAACAAUUACACCAAGGUGGUUUGCCAAGCCAUGGGACCUGAAAAACCUCGGCCGUCCUUAGAUAUCUUCGAAGAUACAAGCAAUCUCACUCAAAAAAGCAUUCGUCUUUCCAUUUUCUUUUCCUGAAGGCUUUUACAAAAUUCUUCUCAUCUCUUGUAGAAAAACAUAAGAGUCGUACAUAUUAUACCUCAUGAUAUACGCAACAUCAAAGUUACUUUGUUU